UGCCUGUCAUUGGUUUCUACCGCAGACAUUGUGAAACAGUAUGAAACAUGAAAAAGUCCAAUGUGGGCGUAACAAUGUUUGGUUUCUUCCUUCACCGAAGCGUUGUCAACGCGAAAGAGAUCUUUACCUAAAGGAGAUUCUUUGCAUUUUCCCUUUCUUUUCUCUUUGAAGAAUCCCGGGAGGAGAGAGAUAUAUCAUUCACCUUCUUAAAUGAUAAGAACAUCCCCAUAGGUAAAGUUUCUUUCUUUUUCUUUUGCCCUGAGAACACCGUUUGUUAUAUUUCUCUAUUCUUUCAUUUCUUUUCGUUUCUGUUCUCUUUGUUCCUUCUUGGGUUUUUUUUUUUAUAUAUAUAAUUCAAAUCCAGUUAUUACAGUUGAAUUUUCCAUCGAAACUGGGAACCACAACUCGAUUUCUUCUGCAUCUUUUUGUUAUAUGUAUGAAGAAAUAAAGUUUCCUCUUUUUUUUCACUUGAUUUGAUUACCAUCAUAGAGAACCAUAAUUUGAUAUACAAGAGUGUUUCAUUUGGUUGUUGAUGGAUAAUUACUCAUACAAAAAUCCAUAUUCAUACCCUUAUCACCAUGGAUACCCAUCUCCAAAUCAAGAUCCAUAUGCGACUCCACCAUAUCAAUAUCCUUAUAAUUCUCCCCAAUACCCUUACCCAUCACCUCCAUAUCCACCCCCAACCUCUCAUUCAGCUCCCUUAGAUUAUUCACAUUCUCAUUCUAGACCGAUUCCUUAUCAAUAUCCAUACCCAGUUUCCCCAAAUCCAAUUCCUCAUACUUCGUCUCCACCUGUUAUUCAACAUCAUGGUAGUUUUCACUAUGGUUCAUCUCCUUACCCUUAUCAGCAAUCCUUGGCUGGUCAUUACCCACUUCCUGAAAGCAAUUCACAAGUAUCUUCCCCUUAUCAACAACCUGCCGAAUACCUUCCUCCUGAAAGUAAUUCUCAGCUACACUCUAGACACAAUAGCUUCUCUGGUCAUAACAGGCAUGAAAGUACGAGUUCUUUAGGAGCAAAUCCAGAUAGUAUCCCAUCUCAUGCUUCAGCUUAUCCGCCUUUGGAUGAUCUUUUGAGUAAUGUGCAUUUGUCUGAAAGUCGGCCGACGGCUCCUCCUUCACCCCCAGCACCUUCAGGGCCUCUAUUGCCCACUUCUACUUCAGCAACUGAGCUACAAAGUCCAGUCUAUGGGCAUGCUACCCCAGGGGACUUUUAUGGAUAUCCUAAUAACUCUUUUUCUAGUAAAUGGGAGGGGCCUUAUUUGGGCAGAAUGGAUUCGUCUAAUUACUCUGUUUUUUCCCAUACGGGUUCAUUCGAUGGAUCACAACAUAACCAGAGUACGCAGGUUGUGCCCUUCCACAAAGGUUCAUUGAGAGUUUUGCUCCUGCAUGGAAAUUUAGAUAUUUGGGUUUGUGAUGCAAAGAAUCUUCCCAACAUGGAUAUGUUCCAUAAGACUUUAGGCGAUAUGUUUGGGAGGUUACCUGUAAAUGUUACCAACAAGAUUGAAGGACACAUGAACCACAAGAUUACAAGUGAUCCUUAUGUCACAAUUACAAUUGGAGUUGCUGUUGUGGGAAGGACUUAUGUGAUUAGCAAUAAUGAAAACCCUGUCUGGAUGCAACAUUUCUAUGUUCCUGUUGCACAUUACGCUGCUGAAGUGCAUUUUGUUGUUAAAGACAGUGAUGUUGUGGGGUCACAGUUGAUAGGAGUUGUGCCAAUUCCAGUGGAGCAGAUAUACUCCGGGGAAAAAAUUGAGGGAACCUACCCAAUUCUGAAUAAUAAUGGAAAGCCCUGUAAGCCUGGAGCUGUCUUGAGACUAUCAAUUCAGUACACGCCAAUGGAGAAAUUGAGCUUCUAUCAUCAUGGAGUCGGAGCAGGUCCUGAUUAUAUGGGUGUUCCUGGCACAUAUUUUCCUCUUAGGAAGGGGGGGACUGUGACUCUUUAUCAAGAUGCACAUGUCCCUGAUGGGUGCCUUCCAAACUUGACACUUGACCAUGGGAUGACCUAUGUCCACGGAAAGUGUUGGAGUGACAUAUUUGAUGCUAUUUGUCAAGCUAGGCGCUUGAUUUACAUUACUGGGUGGUCAGUUUGGCACAAAGUUAGGCUGGUGCGGGAUGCUGGUCGUGCUUCAGAUAGCACUUUGGGGGAUAUUCUUAGGUCGAAGUCCCAGGAAGGAGUUAGAGUGCUACUUCUGAUAUGGGAUGAUCCUACUUCAAGAAGCAUCUUGGGAUACCAAACGGAUGGAAUAAUGCAAACCCAUGAUGAGGAAACACGUCGUUUUUUCAAACACUCCUCAGUGCAAGUGUUACUUUGUCCACGUAUUGCUGGAAAACGACAUAGUUGGAUCAAACAAAAGGAAGUUGGAACAAUUUAUACGCACCAUCAGAAAACUGUAAUUGUGGAUGCUGAUGCUGGGAGAAAUAGAAGAAAAAUUAUUGCUUUUCUUGGUGGCCUUGACUUAUGCGAUGGGCGAUAUGAUACUCCACAUCAUCCUAUAUUUAGGACACUACAAACACUGCACAAGGAUGACUAUCAUAACCCAACGUUUACAGGUAAUGUUGCUGGUUGUCCAAGAGAACCAUGGCAUGACUUACACUGUAGAAUUGAUGGCCCAGCUGCAUAUGAUGUGCUGGUCAACUUUGAGGAACGAUGGUACAAGGCUGCAAAGCCUCAUGGAAUUAAAAAACUAAAAAUGUCAUAUGAUGAUGCUUUGCUGAGGAUAGAAAGAAUUCCAGACAUUAUUGGAGUUUCUGAUUUUCCCAUUAAUGAGAACGAUCCUGAAGCUUGGCAUGUUCAGAUUUUUCGCUCAAUUGAUUCAAAUUCUGUUAAAGGCUUCCCAAAGGAUCCAAAAGAUGCCACAAGCAAGAAUUUGAUGUGUGGUAAAAAUGUACUUAUUGAUAUGAGCAUACAUACAGCAUAUGUGAAGGCCAUUCGUGCAGCCCAGCAUUUCAUUUAUAUAGAAAAUCAGUAUUUCAUUGGAUCCUCCCAUAAUUGGAACUCUCAUAAAGACUUAGGUGCUGACAACUUAAUUCCAAUGGAAAUUGCUCUUAAGAUUGCCAGUAAAAUUAAAGCAAAUGAGAGGUUUGCUGCAUAUAUUGUUGUUCCAAUGUGGCCAGAGGGUGUUCCAACUGGCGCUGCGACUCAAAGGAUUCUAUUUUGGCAGCACAAAACUAUGCAAAUGAUGUACGAGACUAUUUACACGGCUUUGGUGGAGGCAGGACUUGAGGGUGCUUUCUCACCACAAGACUUUUUGAAUUUCUUCUGUCUCGGCAAUCGUGAGGUAGAUGGAUUUGAAAGUUCAGCCCCUGAAAGUCCUAGUCCUGCAAAUACUCCUCAGGCUCUUAGUCGGAGAAGUCGAAGAUUUAUGAUUUAUGUCCAUUCAAAAGGUAUGAUAGUUGAUGACGAGUAUGUAAUAUUGGGGUCUGCAAACAUCAAUCAACGUUCCAUGGAGGGCACCAGAGACACUGAGAUUGCAAUGGGAGCUUACCAACCGCAACAUACUUGGGCAAGAAAACUUUCUAAUCCACAUGGACAGAUAUAUGGAUAUAGGAUGUCAUUAUGGGCGGAACAUCUUGGAGUUGUGGAGGACUGCUUCACACAACCAGAGAGUAUAGAAUGCGUAAGACGGGUUAAGCAAAUGGGUGAGAUGAACUGGAAACAAUUCGCAGCCGAUCAAGUGACAGAGAUGAGAGGACACUUGCUCAAGUACCCUGUUGAAGUUGAUCGGAAGGGUAAGGUCAGGCCCCUUCCAGGAUGUGAAAGUUUCCCAGAUGUAGGAGGAAACAUAGUUGGCUCAUUUCUUGCCAUACAGGAAAAUCUUACAAUAUGACCAUAUUUUAUUCAAAGUUAAAACUAUAAAUACGGUUUUUUCGAAGCCCAUUUUAAUGUAUAGUUUUUCCAUGG